UUUUGAAUCAUUACAUGUAUGUUGAAUCACACUCAAAAAUAUUUUUAAACUUAAAUGUCACAGAAAUUACCCGAGCCUUUUAACUACGAUAGUUCAGGUUCACUACACAGAGUGUCUUAUUUGACCCAGAUUAAAAUAUUUUUACACGACUAAAGAGGAAGACAUAAUAUUUAGUUAUGAUGAAGACAGAAUCAGGAUUCAUCAUUUGCAGCUUAAUAUGUUUGUGCCAUUUACAACUAAGUUUAACCAUAAAGGUCAUUGGGAACACCAGAGAAAGAUUAUGCUCUGAGGACGUGGUAUCGCUUCUUCAUUAUCUACAAGCAGCGCCAUGCAAGGUGACGAACGAAACACAUGUUAUUCUUGAAGAUGCAAUUGAAGACUUAGAAAAUUGCCUCAUUACCUGUGAAAUACAAGUUUCCUUGAACCUUGUCAGAAGUUCCCCAGAUACAUGUGUGCAGCAAAACCAGUGCCCUGUGACGCUUAGAUCUACAAUAGAAAGUAGUCUGAUUAAUGUUUAUAAGGAGUUUUGUUGCACAGAAUAUAAAAUUACGGCAAUCGUUCGAGGGAGAUGCAAUUACACACUUUACAAAAUGGAUAAUUUACAGCUUGGAGAGAGAUGUAUAUCAGAUAUGCAGUGUCAAUCUUCAAAUACAAGGUGCUUAAUGAGUCGCUGUACAUGUAUGCCGGAUUAUGUAGAAUAUGAUGGAAGAUGCAUCUCUGAUGAAACCUUCGAAAAUAAUGUGAUAGAGAAAAACUUCCGUAAACAUGGAGAUGAAUGCAGGGAAAAUUUUCAGUGUUCCUACUAUGGAGGAGUUUGUUCAACGACCUGUUCCUGUAUUUCUGGUUAUUUCUUCUAUCAAGAGAGAUGUAUUGAAGUAAGACAGCUUGGAGAUUCCUGUGACAUUGAUGAGCAAUGUCAUACAACAUCUUAUCUAAUGACUUGUCUCGUUAAUCGUUGUUCGUGUACACCUGGGUUCAAGGAGAUAGAUAAAAUGUGUGUCAAAGCUGAUGUAAAGCUUCAAAUGCCAUGUAGAUUAUCAUUGCAAUGUUCGGGAACCGCUUAUGCUACAGUCUGUCAUGGAGGGAAAUGCGUUUGUGACUUUGGUUUUGUCCAGGUGGAACAUUAUUGUCAAAAAACUGACAGUCUACAAGAAAUGAAAUCCCUGACCAAUAACAAUGUAAUUGCUCCAGCAGUCGGAGCAGGGUUUUCUGGUUUAGUUAUUGGUACUCUGUUAGGUAUCCUCAUCAUGUUUCUAAUUCAAAGAAGACGAUCAAGUCCAGAAAAAGGAAUUAAAAAGUCGAGUUCGAUAGAUGAUGUAGAAGUUGAUGAAACACGUCUGCAGUCUAGAUCCGUUUCUGAUCGUGAUACAUAUGAUGAAUUAGACAAUGUCAAGAAAGAAAAUUCAAUUUUUCAAACCACAAAUCAGGGAGGUAGAAUGUAUAGCGCUAUUGAACCAAAAACUGAACCAAAAGAUGACACAGAAAAUACGCCACCAGAUGAUGUAGGUGUAUACAAUCAUCUGUUUGAAAAAGAUGAUAAGGAUGACAAAGAGAAUUAUGAUAAUCCCCGUACUGUGAUUGCUGCACAACAAGAACAGAAGCCUGAGACUGAUCACAUAGGAAACGAUUUACGUGUGUCGAAUGAUGCAACAGUUUCAGGAUACAGAGGUCAAGAGGAAAACAUUGUGAAUAACGAUGGAGAUAACUAUUUUUUGCUUGAAAAGGAAUUCAAAAAGGAAGUCUAGCUGCGCAUUGAUAUUGGAAGUUUCAGCUGUCAAAGCCCUUGAUUCAAUUUUAUAAUAUACUGACACGCAAAAGAAGCGCAACAAGCAGUAAUUUACAAAUGUUUUAAUUUUUUAAUCUAAUGAUUUUUAAAAAUGAAUACAAUAAGGCUAAACUCACCUUUCGAAAUAUCAAAGAUUUGAUAAAAAAUUUUAAUGGUUAUCUUUUAUCUGUAGAAAUCAACAUAUGACUGAUAAAACACCCCCUUCCAGCCAUUCAAUUAAAACAUGCAAGACUGCCCUGCACAACAAUUGCAGCUUAAUUUCUACGAUACAUUUGUUCAUCAAUAUCGAGAUCUGGCUGAAAGAAUUAUUCUUUGCCAUUUUUAAAUGAUGGUUUUUGAGAUGACUCGGUCGAAUUUUCUCUAACCUGGCGCAUUGUUACAGUAGUAACCUAGGCCUUCCGGCCCAAGUACUGUCAAUAAUGCUCAUGAUACGUUAAAGCAUAUUGACGCGUAAUGUAGUAAACCUUUGCAUCAGCAACUCUUCAUCACCUUUAUUUUAAUAUUUUCCGGCAAAAACAAUGAAAAUGCGUACUUAAGUCAUUUUCAGGAAGCCUUAUAAUCACUAGGAGAAAAGAAAGGAGAAUUUAUUUCUUGAAAUAUUGAAAUAUACUGACACGCAAAAGAAACGCAACA